AGAUAAGUCCAGAUCUUCGGCACAUAAAGAUCUCAAAACUUGAUUUGUCAUUCAACAUCAAAGCCGUUCACACUUUAAAUGAUGGGGGACCUGUCAUCGGCAGCUGCGGGCGCAUCCAACAAGCGCCCAGCAAACAAAAAGCAGGACGUAUUAUCUGCGUUUGUCAACAACAAGAAAAACAACAACGCGAUGAAGAAGGACGAGUCGAAGCUCCUGCUGCCCGACGAGAACCUCUUCGACAUGGACCAGGAGCAAUCGGUGAGGAAAUAGUCUUGUCCUUCGGUUUUUGCAUGACAUUUCCACAAAGCCUUGCGAGCCAACUGACAUGAACUAGAAAGCGGGGAAAUGUGCGACCAACCCUCGGGGACAACCCUUGGCGCACUGGUCGAAAAUCUUCUAAAUUUGGGAAACGUGCAAUUUCCUUAGGGAUUUCCCUGUACUCAGGAUUUUUGUCUUCUUCUGCCGCAAGGCAAAAGACAAAAACCAGAAAAAAGUUAGACCACUAGUUAGAAGCGCCAUUUAGAAACGAAUUUAGCACAGGGAAAUAGCAAAGGAAUUUAGAGUAAGAAAAUAGAAGGUGAAAAUAGAAGGCAGAUUUAGAAAGAAAAAUAGAAGGAAAUUUAGAAAGAAAAAUAGAAGGGGCAAAAAUAGACAAAAAAAUAGAAGAAAUUUAGAAAGGGGGAGCAGUUGUGAUCUGACAGCCAGGAUUCCGCUGGAAAAUUGCUGACUGCGCCCGUGCAAAAUCAAGCGCCCACUCAGGCGCGCUUUAAGAGCGCACUUUUGUCCUGCGCUGCCCCGACCGCCCCCGCCCGGUGCAGGCGGUCCGCAACUGCGCAAACAUUUUGUUGCGCCCCCCAGGUUGGGCUCGUGCGCUGCUUGGGGCCGUUGGUUUUGGGAGUUUUUAGUAUUGGGCGGAGCUGUGGUGGACGUCAGGGCGAUGUUCACCAUAGCCUCGUGCCUGCAUUUCUAGUUCAUGUCCAAACGCUCGCAAGGCUCAGCACACACAGCAGUGAAGCCAGCAGUAAACAACCACGACUCAGGUUUAUGAAAUAUAGCAACGCCCUCUCUUCGUGAUCGGAUCCAGGGUUUUGAGGAGUCUCCGGGGGCACUCAACACAACCCACAGCUCUAACAUACAGAACAAUACAAGGAAAGCAGGCGUAGCGCAUCCAAUCCCGAAGAGGUUUUUUCCCCUUUGAUAGUGGUGCCAUCGAUAUGGACGACAGUAAGACUGCGAACGACGGCAAGCAGGCCUCCAAAAAGCGGCGGCGGGAGGUGCGUUCCGCCGCGGACGACAAAGUCCUCGAAGAUGCGAUUGACACCUGGUUUCUCAGCAAGCGGAAGAACAACGACACUUGGAAAUUUGACAGCGCCGUCAUGAGGUCGGAGUUUGUUUCUAUGGGGUGCAAAAAUGGUCGUGUGCAUUGUGGCUCUGCAUGUGUGCGAAUUUGUCAUGCGGGGGAUGGGAGGUGGAAGGGACUUAUAGGCCCUUUCUGGCUUUGUGAUGCGUAUUUUCCCCAAGUUGUCAUGCAAGGCCUGAAAAUGUCUCUGUCAUGCAGGAGUCGCGAAACGAAAUUUAUAUCACACCAGCAGCACCCACAAUGUCCACGCACUGUUUUUGGGAUGAUAAGGGCGGACGCGAACAAGAUUGCCCCCAAGAAGAAAACAAUCAAACAGUACAUCAUGGACACCUACGUUUCGAAAACGCGCAAAACCUUCUCCAACUUCACGCUGGUGAAACACCAGGAGGCAACAGUUCUGAAAUUGUUGCAGGAAGAGCAGGCGCGAUUGGCAAAGCAGCAGGUAGUAGGUGUGCGCGACCUUAUCGCCACUUGUUUCGGGACGGAGGGCCCGCAGCAGGGGAAGGACGCCCUGGCGAUUGGUUGGGCGCACGCGGAGCAACUGCGGUUAAUGGCCAGCGUCGCCAACAGCAGCUCCUCGCUUGGAAACAGUUCAAAGGCACCGGCCGUUGCUGCGGUGAAGCAGGAGGAACAGCAGGAUGUCGAGAUGGAAGACGCGGACUUGGACGGGAAGGGUGGCGAUGGGAAUAGAACUCCUUCCGGGGGAGAAGCAAAUAAAUCGGGAUUGCUCGGCGGAGGGCCCGACGAAAAGAAAUUGCUGGGGGGCGAAGACGCAGAUCCGAAGACACCAGCCAGGAACGACAAGAGCGCCGGAAAUAACGCCAACCUCAUCAACAAAGCAGCAUCUUCCUUGAAGCAGAAAAAUUUGCUGAUCGCGUCCCAGGCAUCGCAGGACGAUGAACCGUUUUCCCCGGGAACUCUGGCCCUGAUGCAAGACACGAAGGACCUGAUCGCCCGUGGGCCGGGCAUGGAGACGAUCGGGAAUGACACUGGUGUUCCGUACGACAAAGUGCGGGAUCUCUUCAACGACGCCGAGAUGGGCGACUGGGACGCGGAGACAGGGUGGAUUGGCAUUAUGCGGCGCUGGGAUAAUCCAGCGAUCAACCACGAGCACCUGGAGUGCAUGGUGACGAUGCAUCGGCAGGCAAAAGGUAUUUUUUGGCGAUUUUUCCCAUGUAGAGCAGCAUGACAAAUUUAGGAUUGUAAUCGUCUUUGAGAUUUUCUUUCUUUUGCAUGCAUCUAUGGCAACUGCGUGCAGAACGGCCACACGCAUCACAAACCUGAUGGUCGUAGUCGGUCUCUUGUUUUCGGAGUUCCCUGUUCUUCGAUCUCGAUUUCGGUCUACGGCAUUUCCGUUCCGCGCGCUUAUAUGCAUGACAAGGUCGCUUAUCGAAUUCUGCGUCUCAGAGCCUCAGCGCCUGUCUUAGUUAUCAGCAUGACAAACUGGCUUUUUUAUGAUUUUUCUGAAACUUCAAUCAACAGCGGCCGGCGUCAAGACCGAGCCGUACACGACGGCGUUGCCGGCGGCUAUUGUGGGGCUCCUGACCGACCGGUGGGAUCUCGGGACGCACUCGAGGGCCGACUAUUUUGAACUGUAAGUAGUUCGUUUUUCCGUCUGCUACCGCACUUCGCAACUUUUUAUAAUAUCCGUCUUCAGAAUGAACGAAGAAGCAUUUCGCGCAUGACAAAUCCACAAUGCGCAAAAAUCCACACCUUCAGGUUUGGAAAAUAUAUGAAGCCUGCGUCGGAGAAUACGAUCGAUUUCUGGCAGACCAUGAAAGCCAACUGCGAGGAUGGAAAGUUGCGCGUCCCGGAGAGCAAGGUUGUACAGGUGUACAACAAGUGCAAAAUGGUGGAGAUUCCGGGGCUGUUUGCCGUCGAGGCGGCGGACCUCAAGGUCAAGGCCGAACACAUGCAGCGAAAAACGCAGAUCAAGCUGGUACUUAUUUCCCAUGGCCCCACUGUGGUCUAUUUCCGUAUGUUGUGAGAUCUUGCAGUAUGGGUAGCAGUAAGUUUGGAGGGCGUGUGCGAAGUCUCUUAUGCAAAUGCACUGAAAAAAAAAAAUGCAGGAAGCAAAGCCCAUCCUGGACGCCUGGGAUUCGAAGACCCCCCUGUCCGCCGUGGAGUUGGAUAAACUCAACGCCUCCCUCGAGGGCAUUCUCAUCAAGGUCAAGGCCUCAGGGAAAGCAGGGGAGUGGUACAAGGCCUUCCUGUCCAUGUUGCACGACAAUGGGGUUAAGUCUGCUGGCCCGUGGCUGCGGGAUGUUUGUCUGCAUGGGGCGGACUUGCCUGCGAUGCACCAGAUCUUCGACGGCAUCAACGUGUUGGACAGCGUGCGGGCAGCCCGGGUGGGACUGAAAAAGCAGAUUGACAGAGUCUUCAAGCCGACCGACGGACUGUAUAUACAAAUAAUUGCGGCGCUUCUUUGUAUUCUCUGCCCUGAUGUGCUCCCUCCAUUUCUACCAGGCGCAUGACAGAUCGGCUAUUACAGCUGCCGCUGGUGUUUUCGUAUUAGUGUCUCGAGCAUUUCCGUGCCCGAUCAAGCUCUCUGUGGUGUCAGUCGGUGCGCGGUCAUAUUUCCCCCAGAGGUGAUAGUAGCUGUCUUGUAUCUAUUACCAAAACCCACUUCCCAGGUUCAAGCUGUACCAGGUCGCCCUCGCGUUGAACAAGGAGACUCCGUAUUUGACCUACGAAUUGGAUUUGCUGCGCAUGGAGUGCGACAAGCUGAACGACUCGCAGUAUGUCAUGUUGGCUGCAGCGGAAGAAGAGUGGGUGCAGCCCCCGGGUUGGAUUUUGGGUGGCCAAUGGGACGAAGCGUCGAAACAGAUGGAGGAGUACAUCACGUAUCAUUUGCAAAAUUACCGCGCAGUCGCACAACGGUGUUUCGUGAGAAGUCUAUAAUGCGAGGAAAAGCAAUGUUCCAGAUCUCCCCCUCCCCUUCAAAAAAUUCGCAAUUAGAUCUAGAUUAGCUGCGCGGUGAUUUUGCAAUUCAUAUCGCGUGGGCGUUUGCCAAACGGGCCGAGGCGACCGAAUUGGGCAAGGGAAAGGACGAAACCUCUGCGCUCAUCCGCUGCUAUGGGGAAAACCUGGCAAAGAAGGUCUCCGUCACGCGUAAAAAUGUCGACGCGAUCGUGGCGAAUUUCGUCACCACGGUGACUGCGCUGAAGAAGAACAAAACGGCGCCGCGUAUUUCGUUUUGAUUUGUGCACUUAAAACCAUUCCUCCGUAGCAAUAUGCACAUGCAGACUCUCAUCGUCAUCUCUCGAUCCAUUAACCCCUUCGCGAUUUUUCUUUUUGUCCAUGCAGGGGCCAGAGCUUGUUUUUUUCUUUAUUGUAGAAUAAAAAUACUCACAGUUCUGGAAAAGGCGGGAAAAUGGUACCAGAAGAUCAAGUGGGGAGUGGCCUUCUUCACAGAGGAUCACGAGAGAAAGCUGCAGCCCGCGAUCACCGCUCUGCAGCUCGUCGAGGCGGAGGACGCAAAGGCAACGGCGAAAAAAACGGCGUACGACCGCGGCAUCAUCAAGGCCACGAAGGGGAAGGUCGCGGCGAUGAAAAGGAAAGCGUGAGUCCCAACACGUGAUCAACUGGAACUGGUGGCGUUGACACAAAUGGAGCUUUAGCAUAACAGACUUACCAUUCAAAUUCUGAACUUCUCUGGACAUUCAGUCACACGAUGACGCCCGUGCUGCGAUUGACUCGGAACAAAUGAAAGCGUUUGCUUCUGCAAAAACUCUGCGUGGUAGCAGGGGUGAGAAUACAGACUAUUUAGCGGCGAGCUUUGGAUGUGUUGAAUCGAAUGAACAAGACACACGGAAGAAUCGAAAACCGACAGGCCACCUGCGGCACAGUAUCACAACGGACACCUUUGACGAAUUCAACGAACAUCCCGGAUUGCACGAAUCACGACUCAUUUUCCAAAACUCACAAACAAGACUGAACUGAUAAAGAACGACUUGCAUUCCAAC